CCGAUUUUUAACUUCAUACGUAACUACGACCGCUUUGGAUACACAUCACAUUUUCCCAUUCUUUUCGCACCCAUUUCGUUUGAAGCGGAAAAAAUGGAUUCUUUAGGAAUUCUUAUAUGUAUCUGCGCCUUGAUUGGUGCCAUUUCUAGUCAAGGAAUGCCAGGUUUUAUGGGAGGACCAAUGAUGGGAGGUCCUGGUGGAUUCUUGUCAAUGGGCGGUCCGUUUCGACCUAGUUUUACAAGUGGAGGUUUUGGUGGGCCACCAGGAUAUGGGCCAAGUUUUGGAGGAGGAGCAUUUCGCGGAAUGAGUGGAAUGACAGGUGGGUUUGCAGGAUACAGACCUUCAGUGGGAGGUUCAAUGAUGUAUCCAAGCGGUGGAAUAUCUAGAGGUUUUGGUGGCCCGGGCUUUGGAAUGAUGAGCCCAGGGUAUGGAUUUAUGGGACCCUCGGCAUAUGGAUCAAUGAGCCCGGUACCUGGAUCGAUGGGUACACCGUUUUCGGGUCCAACUUCAAUGGCACCGCCAAGUACUGGUCCUUAUUAUAGCAGCGGUUUUGGGUUCCCAAGUACAUCCGGUGCAGGGCAUACAGGAAUGGCGUCAGGAGCCGGUGGGAUGCCAUCAGGAUUUGGUGUCGGAGCAGCUACAAUGGGUGGAGGGUCUCGCGGAAUGAGUGGUGGAGAUGGAGGGAUGGGGCACAUGUCUGUCGGUGGACCAGGCGGAAUGACUGGUGGAGGAAGGAUGGGUGUAGACGGGCUUGGAGAUAUGUCACGUGGAAUGAGUUCUAUGAGGGGUCCUGACGACACUGCUGGUAUAGACAGAAGAAUGGGUUCUAUGAGUGGCGGUUUUGCUGGUAUGGACAGAGGAGUGGGAAGCAUGAGAGGAGGACCUGGUGGUAUGGGUGGAGGAAUGGAUCGUAUGAUGGGUGGUUCCGGUGGUAUGGGUGGAGGAAUGGAUCGUAUGAUGGGUGGUUCCGGUGGUAUGGAUGGAGGAAUGGAUCGUAUGAGGGGAGGUUCUGGUGGUAUAGGUGGAGGAAUGGAUCGUUUGAGGGGCGGUCUUGGAGGCAUGGAUGGAGGAAUGGACAGUAUGAGGGGCGGUGCCGGAGGCAUGGAUGGAGGAAUGGACCGUAUGAGGGGCGGUGCCGGUGGCAUGGAUGGAGGAAUGGAUCGUAUGAUGGGUGGCCCUGGUGGUAUGGAUGGAGGAAUGGAUCGUAUGAGGGGCGGUCGCGGAGGCAUGGAUGGAAGGAUGGGUGGCCCUGGUGGUAUGGAUGGAGGAAUGGACCGUAUGAGGGGCGGUCCAGGUGGUAUGGGUGGAGGAAUGGAUCGUAUGAGGGGCGGUCUCGGAGGCAUGGAUGGAGGAAUGGAUCGUAUGAGGGGCGGUGCCGGAGGCAUGGAUGGAGGAAUGGAUCGUAUGAUGGGUGGCCCUGGUGGCAUGGAUGGAGGUAUGGAUCGUAUGAGAGGUGGUCCUGGUGGUAUGGGUGGUGGAAUGGAUCGUAUGACCGGCGGUCCUGGUGGUAUGGGUGGAGGAAUGGAUCGUAUGAUGGGUGGCCCUGGUGGUAUGGGUGGAGGAAUGGAUCGUAUGAUGGGUGGUCCCGGUGGUAUGGAUGGAGGUAUGGAUCGUAUGAGGGGUGGUCCUCGUGAUGGAAUGGACCGUAUGAGCGGUGGUUCUAGUAGUAUUGGUAGUGGACUGGAUCCGCUAAGCGGGGGUGUUGGUGGUCCCGGUAUUGCGGGAUUUACUGGUUCAGACGCAAUGAGGGGUGGAAUGCAUUUAGAUUCUGUAAGCAGUGUAUUGGGAGCGGGUGGUGAUGCUGGCAUGGGAAUGAUGGUUAGAGGCACUGAAUCAUCGAGAGAUAGAUCAGGACGUUUUGGCAUUUCUGGAGGUGACGGAAUGGGAUCUAUAGGUGGAGGCAUUAGUUCUUUUGACUCAACGUCAAGGGCAAUGUCCCGAGGAUUUGGUUCACCUUAGUUUAUCAAAUAUAAAACAAAUCUGGAAGUGUAAUCGAACGAUGGCAGCCAUUAUUUCACACAUUGUAUUAAAUGAGAAUAAUUAUUUAAGUGGGAAAGGUUCUUAUGUUAUACAAAUGUAUAUAACAGAUUUGGACGCUGUUCAAGAAACACUUGCAGAUACAUUUGAACAUACAGAAAGCAUUUUAUAAUUAGCAUCCAUUUUGGUUGCGAAUUUACUUUUUUAGUUAACCAUAUUACAAGCUUGUGAAUACUUAUUAUGAUAAUACUAGAUUAUUCUAAGAUGCAUGAACUUUUAUUCUUUCGCGUUUUAUGUUUUUUCUAUACAAACACGUUUCUUUUACAAUUGUAGACGCAAUGCAGUUACAUUUUGAAAAUAGCCAGUGUUAAUUUUACGCGUGUGAUUGAUAGAAUGGAGAUAUACAUUAAUUAAUAUAUGAGCCGCGUCACGACAAAACCAACGUAAUGGGUUUGCGACCAGCAUGGAUCCAGACCAGCCUGCGCAUCCGCACAGUCUGAUCAGGAUCCAUGCUGUUCGCUUACAGACCCUAUAACAAGUAAAGAAACUGAUAGCUGGUCUGGUCUGGAUCCAUGACAUCAACCAUAAUCUUGUUUAACAGACUUUUAAAGAGUUUGAUAUAUACGAUUUUUACAUAUUGUGUUGUACAUAAGAUAAGUUGAAAACAAAAGCACAUUUCUAAAUUUUAUCCCACUGUAUUCCCGCUACGUAGGGCCACAAGUACGAAAAUACGACAAAGUUAUUUUGUGUGUAUUUGCCUGGCGCCCUGAUGAGCAAAUGUACGACAAAAUGAUCUAAGUCAUAAUGUUGUUAUAUUUUAGUGUUCUUAUUGUUAUACCUUGCGUAUUGAUUCUAUAUAAGUAAAAAUCACUGUUUGUUAAAACAUUUUCAUGGAUUUAUUUUAUUCGAUCAUUUCUAAAUUGCUUAACGAGAAAUACCUAGCGUGCAACAAUGUUGCUUAACUGUUAUUGAAUGAUUUUAAAUCUUUUAUUUUACGAUUUGCUUAGAUUUGUUUGGUGUAUUUAGGUGAACUUUGUUUUUUGGUAAACUAAUCUGUUUAAACAUCUAAGUUGAAGAUGGAUGUUUGUGAAGUUGUCAUUUGUUUACUGUCUCUGUUAUUGUUAUGUCUCCUACAGAAUAAAUACGUAUCGUGUCC